CUAGCUAUAAAAACUCUUCCUUUCCUCAUUCUCCAUCAAUCAUUACGAAGACUUUCAAGAACCGCACAACAUGGCGACAAAGAGAAUCGUGAUAUAUUCACUUUUGCCAUUCUUGUUGACCUCCAUCUUGGCGUUGACAAGCUAUGGAGAAGCUCAAUCUGUGCCACCAGAUCCCAACAACGGAACAUCGCCAUCUCCAACUUCAACUGAAUCGACUUCUUCGUCACCAUCAGAGUCUACCUCUUCUUCAACAUUGGAAUCAACUUCUUCUUCAUCAACCACAACCGAAGGUACAACCACCACCACCGAGCCUACAACAACAGAAGAUGAAGAAGACGAAAACAGAAGUAGGAGAAAGAGCAAAGAGAAGAACAGCAGGGAAAGCAAGGAAAGUAAAGAAGAAAGCAAGGAAAGUAAAGAAGAAAGCAAUGAAAGUAAAGAAGAAAGCAAGGAAAGUAAAGAAGAAAGCAAUGAAAGUAAAGAAGAAAGCAAGGAAAGUAAAGAGAGUAAGGAAAGCCGUGAAGACAGACGAGAACGAAAACGUGGCCGAAAGAAGAAAAAUGGUAGACGAGGUUAACGUGAAUCGCAUAUUUUCCAAACUCAACAAAUAUGUUCUUAAAAGCCAUUUUGAAAUCAUAUACCAAGCGGUUUCAGUUUCGAUACACUUGUAUUGCAUAUCAAAAGUACGUAACUAACAUUGUUUUCAGUCUUUUACUAUAUAUACUUACACGAUCAGAAAUGAUGGUAAUAAAUUUGUUAUUGAAA